AUGAUUGCUUUGGUAUCAACAAAAGCUUGUGCUUAUCGUCAUAAUAUUUUAGAAAGAAGAAUAGUAAAAAUUUUAAAGACUGACGAUUUGUUUUGUAGGAUACCAGAGGAAAGCAGAGAAAGGCGCAUGAAUUGUUCAAGAGGCAUGCAUAAUCAGCAAUUCUUGUUUGAGACUUUUAUGGACUUUGUUACUUUUUAG